AUGUGCAGAUUUCUGAUCUUUAAAGGUAAAGAACCAGUGCGUUUGUCGCAUCUGCUGACACGGCCAGCCCACUCGAUCAUCAACCAGUCGUUUGACAGUCGGUUGCGCUUAGACCGCAGAAGACCCAUUAACGGAGACGGCUUUGGUGUUGCUUACUACCCCAUUGACCGCGAGCUUCAGGAGGACGGCCCAUGUCUUUUCAAAGCGAUCACUCCAGCGUGGAACAAUCAAAAUCUCGAAACCCUGGCAGAAAAGACCAAAUCACCACUUGUCUUUGCGCACGUGCGUGCUUCGACUUACGGUGUCCUCUCGGAAACAAACUGUCAUCCGUUCACGUAUCACUCGAUCACGUUCAUGCACAACGGUGGAAUUUCGAAUUUCCGGCGCAUCAAACGCAAAAUCCUGUCGCAUUUGGAAGAUGAAUAUUUUAACUUGAUCCAGGGCAGUACCGAUUCCGAGUGCGCUUUCGUAUUGUUCCUCGACACGCUCGCGAAAAUGGGCUACGACACGACGAACAAAGACGGGAACUUUGGCCACGUCGUUCUACGUCAAUGUAUGUUGAAAACCAUUCAAUACAUUAAGGAAUGGACUCAGGAGGCAAACCAGGACGACCCCAGCGCGGAGCCCUCGCUUCUCAAUUUUGCCGUGACGGACGGCUCUACGGUUGUUGUUUCGCGGUACAUCACUUCCAAGACCGACGAGGCCGCCUCUCUGCAUUUCAGCUGUGGGUCCAGUUUCGUCGAGUACGCCCCUGGCGAGUAUCGCGUCGAGCGUCUGGACCGUAAUCAGGACGUCAUCAUGGUUGCGUCGGAACCUCUCACGUUCGAACGUGGCGAUUGGAUCACGGUACCUACCAACAGCGUACUCACCAUCAAGAACCAGACCGUGCUGCUUCACCCAAUUAUCGACGAAUACUACCAAGAGGAUCCUCUCUACACCAGAAGCUCGACACUGGCCGAGAGCAAGGGCCUGAUGGGCUCUGUGCCCGUGUCAGAGCCUUUGGAACGCAACGUACCUCCACUAGAGCGCGAGGGCCGUUCUCGGCCUGCCGUCUCUGCUGCAGUAGAGGUCAACUGA